CAGUGACACCAUAGCAUGAUGAUCACAGAUGUUCUCUUUCAGCUCCCAGAGCUCUCUUACAUACAUGCCGGAGCCACAUAACUGAUUUUUUACAACAAUCAUUUCCUACAGGGACUGUCCCCACCCCCUCUAGGCUUCUCCGCUUUAGCACGAAACCGCACGGCACGGCUCGACUCUCUGCCAGCUGCCAGCCGGGGCCCUCCUCCAGGGCUGCCUGAGCCGGCUUUUGAUUGGAUUAGAGUGGGCUAGCCUUUGCCCUCUAACCCCGCUGAUGUGGGCUGGCUGCUUCCUGCUCUCUCCGAUCCCCCUGACCGACUGACGGAGCCUGCCGAAGCCGCACGGCGAAGCGCCCUGCACGGACACAACCGACCUGGACGAGCCGCUACAGCCCGACCAGAGCAGAGCCACAAAACACACAGGCAGGCGGAGGAAAAAACGAGGCAGCCAUGCGGAGGAAAUCGAGGAUACUGAUAUGUUUUGCGGUGCUGUGGGUGCUGGGGAUAGCCUACUACUUCUACUCGGGGACAGCGUUGAGUCGAAAGGAUGACGUGGGCUCCAGUGACUUGUCCAGUAGGAGCAAAGCUCACAUGUCUGAGUACAAGACUCAUAGCCUGGAGACUCUGCCGCCAGGUAAGGUGCGCUGGCAGGAUUUUGACCAGGAUCUGUACGUUGGAGCCACGGUGGUCAGACCGGGUCAAGAUCCGUACGCCAGGAACAAAUUCAACCAGGUGGAGAGUGACAAGCUCCGUAUGGACAGAGCCGUGCCUGAUACGAGACAUGACCAUUGCAGACAUAAACAAUGGAAGUCAGACCUGCCGGCCUCCAGCGUCGUCAUCACUUUCCACAAUGAAGCUCGCUCUGCUCUGCUGCGGACUGUGGUCAGUGUCCUGAAGAAAAGUCCGUCUCACUUGGUCAAAGAGAUCAUUCUGGUUGACGACUACAGUGAUAACGCGGAGGACGGAGCGCUUCUGGGGAAGAUCGAAAAAGUGCGCGUGCUGAGAAAUGACCGCAGAGAAGGACUGAUGCGUUCGAGGGUCCGUGGUGCAGACGCCGCCACGGCACCGGUCCUUACAUUCUUGGACUCUCAUUGUGAAUGUAAUGACCACUGGCUAGAGCCGCUACUGGAGAGAGUGGCUGAGGACAAGAGCAGAGUAGUUUCUCCUAUCAUUGAUGUCAUCAACAUGGACAACUUUCAGUACGUAGGAGCCUCAGCUGAUCUGAAAGGAGGUUUUGACUGGAAUUUGGUGUUUAAAUGGGACUACAUGACUCUAGAGCAGAGACGAGGCAGACAAGGCAACCCCAUCGCCCCCAUAAAGACUCCAAUGAUAGCAGGAGGUCUAUUUGUCAUGGAUAAGGAAUACUUUGAGCUUCUGGGAAAGUAUGACAUGAUGAUGGAUGUAUGGGGAGGAGAAAACCUUGAGAUCUCGUUUCGGGUGUGGCAGUGUGGUGGCAGUCUGGAGAUCAUCCCAUGUAGCAGAGUUGGCCACGUCUUCAGAAAGCAACAUCCAUACACCUUCCCUGGGGGCAGCGGGACUGUGUUUGCAAGGAACACGAGGAGAGCAGCAGAGGUGUGGAUGGAUGAGUACAAAAACUUCUACUAUGCUGCUGUCCCCUCAGCGAGAAAUGUCCCCUAUGGAAAUAUCCAGAGUCGUUUGGAGAUGAAGAAGAGAUUAGGUUGCAAGCCAUUCAAAUGGUACCUGGAGAAUGUCUACCCUGAACUGCGAGUCCCAGACCACCAGGACAUAGCGUUUGGAGCCUUGCAGCAGGGAGGAAACUGUCUGGACACCCUGGGUCAUUUUGCUGACGGGGUGGUGGGGGUCUAUGAAUGCCACAACGCUGGGGGAAACCAGGAGUGGGCCCUGACUAAGGAUAAGUCAGUCAAACACAUGGACUUGUGUCUGACUGUGGUGGACAGAACGGCCGCCUCCCUCAUCAAACUACAAGGGUGUCGAGAGAACGACAGCAGACAGAAAUGGGAGCAGAUUGAGUCCAACUCCAAGCUUCGUCACGUGGGCAGUAACCUCUGUCUGGACAGCCACAGUGCCAGGAUGGGCGGACUCACUGUGGAGGUCUGCAGCCUGACCCUCAGCCAACAGUGGAAGUUCACCCUCAAUUUACAAUCAUAGGGGGCGCUACAGGCCCUGGGAAGAGCUGGAUAACGGAUAGGGACAACAACAGACUCUGAAACACAGACAAAGAGAUGGAAAUAGACUCGAGGAGAAAGACAAACUUGAUGGAUAAAUGGAUCCCUCUUGCUUCUCCUCCACGUCUAUACACCUCUCCCCCACACUUACCCCUCCCAAAAUAACAAAGAGCCACACCCACUGGGGGAGGGGCUUGCAGACCAUAAUGGAGUAAACCCGUAAACUGACUGAAUCUGGUGGAUGGAUGGUGACAGUGAUGAUCAUGAUGAGGCUAAAAGCGUUCCAUCCAAACUACAUACCUCAGUGUUUUUUCAUUGAUGGUUCCAGAGGCAAAUAUUGUUCUUUUACUUUCUUUAAUGCUGGUGAGGUAGAACUUGUUUUACUUUGUAAUUAUUUUAUUUAGUUAUUAAUAUUUUUUUAUUUCUUGCUGUCAACUCUCCACGGAGGUUUUGCAGGAGCUUUUUUUCGUUCUUGAAAGAAUGGGACUUUGGUGUUGUUGCUCCUCUACGGUGCUCUCUCUUUGUUUCACCACACUGAGCUAGAGAACUUUAGGUUGUGGUUUCGGUGAGGUUUGGGUGUAGAGUGAAGUGAAGGGAGGAAAUGAACUCGAUUCCUUGAGCUUUUCCUCUCGCUUCCUCUCAUUUGUUCACAGGAUCAACGGAGAAAAGAGAGGCAAAGUGGACAGAAGAAUGCGGUCUGUUCUGCUUUGAUUUCUACACAGCUUUCCCUUCAGAUUGUGGUUUUUUUUUGGGUGGGGGGGUGUUCAGGGAGGAGCUUCUCUGCUUUGGAUGGGGCCUGACACCGGUUUGGUUCGGCCGGAGGUGCAGUUCCUGAAACCAGGAAGUGUCUUGAAGCCACCCCUCAGGAUUUACUGUUUGUCGUCAGGCUGUAGCACUGGCUGCCACAGCAUCUUCACUUCUACACCAUUAUGUCUCUAAAGAAAUCUCUUAACAGUCUUUUUUUUGUUUACUUUUGUCAAAAAAAAUGGAACCAAAUUUCGAAUGGAUGUUUUUGUGUUUUUGAGCGAUUGAAAAAGGUUUUCUUUACAUACUCUCGCUGCUCUCUAACUGCUCCCUGUGGAGCGGCUCAGUUUAUAUAUCUUCUUUUCCUGCACAGAUCAUUUUCUUUGCCGAUGUCUAAUAUUGCCAUUGUAGGAAGGUUACUGUCUAAUAAUCACAUCCAAACUGGAUUUAAUAUUGCAGCUUUUUCUCUAGAGAUAACAGGUGUUGGCUGCAAAAGCAUACCAGGGACAUUUAUAUUACCACCACCCCGAGAUGCCCACACAUGGUAUGACUGAGAUGUUUGUUUCUGUACUUUCAACACACACACCUGCCUGCUCUUGCACAGCAAUAGAAGGAAACGGCAGCGCUCAUAUGUGGCUAACAUUCCAGAUCUGACAUCAGAGGUAAAAGUAAAACCUUGCUUAUUCCAGUCUGGGAACAGAUGUCAUGCAAAAGAAAAUUCAACUGUAUGAAAUGUGCAUGUGCACAUGUGUUUUGAAAAGCUCCUUCUAGCUGCAUGUAUCACCAACCAGCUCCCACAGGGUUGCCCAGCUUUUUUCUUCAUUGUGCCUGUUAGAUCAGCCAUCUGUUCAAUAGGUUGAAACUGCAAUAAACAAGGUUUUACUGUUUGUCCUCACUUGGCUUCUGCAAGACGUGAACAUAUUUUACUGAUUGCACAAGUUUUUGAUGAUAAAAAUUACUGACGAUCUUGUUUAUUUUGGCAAACUACUUUAUUCUGUGGAACAAGGUGUUGGUGUCACCAAACAGCAUUGUGCCACUUAUUAGUCACUGAUACUAUUUACAGUACAUUUAUCUGUUUGCUACUUCAUUACCUGAUGCCUGUUGUUCAUCUUUGCAACACUAGUCACUCCUGGGCUUCAACAUGGGUUCAUCUUAACUGCUAUGAUCCUCUGUACUGUUAGUCACUGAUGAGUAAUGAUGGUACAGUUUGGGGAAAUUGAAUUUGGAGCGACUCAUUACUUGGCAGCUUCAAGGCAAUUACAUUAACACAAAACAUCUUUGAACAGAAAUGGCUUAAAAAUCACAUAUUUCCUAAUUUAUUCUAGAAAGAAGUUGCAGCCUCAAGUGUUCUUUAAUGUCAAAUCUUCUCUCUGUGUCUCAAUAUGUCUCUUCCUCUCUCAUUUUCACAUCUUUACUUUCACAUGUUGAUUUCUUAGUUUUACUGUGUUACCGAAGCGGACAAAGACAGCUGGUCAUGUGUGCUGCGUCGUCUGAUACUUUUCCAUCCUUUGUUCCAUGUCUUUUGUUUGUUUUAUGCCAUUUUUCCUUGUACCUGAUGUUUGUCUUAUCUAAUACACUCACACGACUGUAAGCAGAGUGAGUGGAGUUGAAAAGGUCAGCUGACACUGCAGCUGGUUGGAAAGCUUAUCCUAUGACUUGAUAGGUCACUGCAUUGUGCUGUGAGGCUCGGCAGACCCGAGGGUGAGCCUAGUUCUCAUGGUGACCAGACUCAAAAGGCCCAAUUCUAAUUUUAAGGUUUUAGGUAGACUAAUCUACUAAACUAAUUAGUUUUUUUGCCAUUCUGUUUGAAAAUUUGCACAACAUAUGUAACAUUUUCAGUUUUGAGUUAAUUUCUUAAGAAUGUUGCAAAUCCAUAAUUGGAAUACUGAAGAGCUUAUUGGAAUUUAAGUUGUACAUUGUGCAUCCAAACCAUAGACUGUAAAGAUCCAAACAGUAUCUGCAGUCACACACGUGGUAUUGUAGAUCAAACAGCCUAAACUUCAUAAUUCAUAGGCUGGGUGCAGGUUCUAUCAUUGUUACUGAAUUAUUCCUUUAUAUCUCCUUCAUAUCAAACAUCCUUAAGAAGAUCAUUUGUCAUCAAAUUUAGAUGCUUAUAUGUUGCUUACCGUUUAGUUAGAUAAAAACCUGGUGGUCUUCAUUUUCAAAGUAUCUGGCCCUUGACUUUGUCAGUAAGGACAACGUGAUGUUUUUAGUGGUGUAUAGCGCCCUCUAUUGUCACACUUCUUGUGGGUAACAAGUACAGAACCAGAACAAGAAAGAAAAAGGGACUCAAGAUAGUAAAUUUCUGAUGGCCAGGCAGUACAGGCUAAAUAGGCAUGAGAACCAAACGGCACACACCUGAGUGACCAUGGCAAUACUGUCUGCGACAACGGUUCAGAUAUGUUGUUUAAAGCCUUUUCCUUUUAAACCAGUCUUAUUCUUGUGAAGAUGAAAAGCUUGCUAUUUAAUUUUUUUAUUAUUUUUAUGUUUUACACAGAAGAAAUGACACGCCUCAUUUUGAUUGGAUGAUUAAAUGUUUACAUCUUUAGCACAAUGUGCCAACAUUUUCCUUCCCAUUAUCUCUGUAUGAAGAAGAAUGAGAAGGGGGAAAAGUCUUUGGAAAUGCAGAAUGAGUCGCAGAUAACUUGUUACACAUUUGUUGAUAGUAUAUGUUGUGUGUCUCAUUUUUCUUCCCAGUCUUGGUUAGACCUGCAGGACACGCCGGGGCUAGGACGUCUCUUAGCUGCUGAUCUGGUGUCAGUCUAUAAUGGAUACAGGGAACAAAAUUGGCACUUUUCUUAAAAGUCUUUAACUGUGUCUGCAAAAUGUCUGUUGAGGCAGAACCAAAUGUGUCUGUAUGUGUUAGCUUAAAGCACCAAUCAAAGAGAGGGAGAAUGUUGUCAAUCUUGCAGACAGGCAUCUUUAUUAGCAUUAAAAGGGACACCAGUCAGUGAACAAGAGCAUCUACCCCACUGAGUUAGUAGGACUUUAUUCAUUCUCACCAUGUUUUGAAGGGAAACAAUCAACAGCUUUAUUUGAUGGAGUUUAACAUGAGGAGUAAAGGUCAAGCUUUGUGUUCUCUCAGCUUCCCCCCCUAAACAGAGCAGAGUUAUGUCAUGAUUUGUCCAAACAGGAGGGAUGCCUUCCACCUUCAGCCCACCUCAAAUCCCUCGCCUCAAAUCCCCAUUUAGGAUUAACAGAAGAAAAGCUUCCUUUGAUAUGUGAAAAUCCCUGCUGAGACAUAUGCAGCUCAGGACUGCUUAAGCUCCUGAGUGACAGUAACAGCGAGUGUGAACAUGCACAUAAGACAAAAUACUGUAAAAGUAAAUCAACCAGUAAUGACCGAUAAAAGGUGAAACUAAUCAAUGAAGUGAUGGGGUGAUAAUGUGUUUUCUAAAAGGAUUGAGGCUUCAUUGAACGUCGGUGGUAGGUGAUAUGGCACGAGGGGUCACACAUGUAAAAGUGUAUAUUUUUGUAUAUACCGACAUCAGUGUGUGUACAGUAUGUACAUAUAUACACAGUGUACUCAGCCGCGGUUCCUAGGUUUGUUGUCAGACUGUACAGCGCUUCUAACUGUCCCCUGUUUUAUAGAUACUGCAGAAAUUCAACUUUGAAUGAAUGAGGAGAAAUGAUUAACUUAAAUAAAUGCAUUUAUAUAUAUAAA